UCAAAAUCUAGUUUACAUUAUCUAUUUACUCACAACCUUAUCGGAGUGAACUGAACAUUGGUGAAGGUAGUAGCGAAAAUGGCGUCGAUUACAGCUUCUUCUACUUUCCACUCCUUAUCAACAACCAAAAGCCUUAACCUUUCUUCGACCCUUCUCCUUCCUCCAUCCAAAAACCUCACCUUUCGAUCCAAACCCAUCGGAAGCAGCAGAGUCUGCAUCUUUACGAAACAGAACCGCCUUGGGUUGAGGAAGCUUUCGUCCCUUGGCGAAGGAGGAGAAGCCGUCGCAGUUGCAGAUGAUGAGCAACAGCAACAACAGCAAGAGACUGUCUCUGUCCCUGUCUCUCCUUCAGACAUGCUCACCAUGUUUUUUCAGGCUGAUGGAACUUUGAAUGAAGCAGCUGUUCCUAAUGUCACAAAGGCCUUACAGGACAUCGACGGAGUUUCCAAUUUAAAGGUUCAAGUUGCUGAAGGUGUUGCCGUUGUUGAGCUUUCAAAGCAAACAACGGUUCAAGCAACAGGAGUGGCGUCAAGCUUGGUGGAGACUAUACAAGGAGCUGGCUUUAAGUUGCAGACUUUGAAUCUUAGCUUUGAAGACGAAGAUGAAGUUCUUGUCUAAUUAAAUCAUCUGUCUCCUCCUCCAUUUUUUGUGAUUAAAGAAACAUAUUAAUGUUCAAUUUUUAUUUAAAAAUGACAAUGUGCCAUAUUACAAAAGUAAUGAACUCUCACUUUUCUUA